GCAGAGCUUGCUCAGAUACAAAUUCUCGCACGCACAUAGAACUGGAUAACAAACUCUCUGGACUGACUCGACCAUACCAUCAGCAACGAGGAAUCCGAUACGAUGGCCUCUUUACGUCGACCAUCAACAGCCAUCCCUCGUGGACCGGCCUCAGUUCAAUUUGACCGAGGAGCUCGUCCACCCCUACCUAACGAUAACAAACAGAAGCGCAUGUCAAAGGUCGGAGAAAAGAUAAAGAAGCGCUUGAGUAUGAGGUAUGGGGGGAAUGAGUCGUUUUCUGUGCCUCCUCCACUUCCUGGAGCGUCCGAUUUCCUAACGGCUGAUCCAUACGGAGGUCUCGACAUUGAAACACCGGGGGAAGACUUGGCCGCUUCUCCAUUCGGCCUGUAUGGCGCUUCAGAUUUGAAGGAAUCUAGCAUCCAGUCGUCUCAACCUCUUGAUACCCAAGAGCACCUUGUAGAUGAAAGCAUCGGGCGCCGUGGCGCCGCAGAUGCUACGUUGGAGGAAGAGUGGAAUUUAGAAGAGCUCAGCAAUGAGAAGGUCGACGCGCAAGCUUAUGUGAAAAAGGUUUUGACAGGCGCAGACGAGGAGGAAAAACGAAGAUUCGUGGCUGCUCUAAUGAGAGAAAAGCAGGCGAACAAGAAAGAGUUACAGAGGACAGUGUUUAAACACUAUGCGGAGUUUGUCGCAAUAUCCAAAGAAAUAUCUACCUUGGAGAAUGACAUGCUUGAACUCAAAGAGCUACUAGGACAGUGGAAAGAUCUUCCCCAAUUGAUGGGAAUGGAAGAUACUUUAGCACCUACCCUCGACCGUAAUGGCAACUUGGAACGACGUCGCACACAGCGCAAGUCUGUCUUUGACCUUCAAAACCUCUAUCGUAAUCAGUUGACCCAAUUAUGGUCUAUCGUCGAGGGUUCCCAGAAGUAUCUACCCGUAGUAGCUGGCCGUCACCUCGUUUUUGAGCUCCAUGGCGUGGUCGAGCUCAAUCCUGCAACUUACAAACCUAAACAAAAUGUUAGCAUCUUUCUGUUGAACGAUGUGCUUUUAAUAGCUGGCAAGAGAAGAAACAAGGGGGGCUCAACCACCAGUGUGGGCGAUGAGAAAGAUAGGGACAGAGGUAGGAUGGUUGCUGAACGGUGUUGGAAUCUCAUUGAGCUGGGGAUUGUUGAUGUCAAGGAUGGCGGCGAAUUGGUUAACGUGAUCAAGGUUCACCGCGGGAAAGAACAUUGUGUCUACAGAACGCAGAAAUCCGAUGACAAAAGGGCACUUAUUAACGCCUUCAGACAAAUAUCUCGAGAAGCCAAUGAAAAGAAGAGAAAGGAUAGUGAAAAGGAGCAAGAGCGAAGAAAAACUAUGUGGUUAGGCGAUAAGAACGGAAAUGGUACUGGCAAUUCUGGACAUCCUCUUUCUACCAUUGGGCCAUCCAUGGCGGACUCGAAGGAUCUUCGGUGGAUUGAUGAGUACGGCGACGAACUAACAAUGGCCAUUGCCAUUCGAGAUUGGGAAGAAUCAGUGAAAUUAGUGGAAAAAGGCCAAGCUCUCUCCAAGUCCAUUGAAUCUAACUCCUCCGCCCAUUCCCUCCUCGUAUCUCGCCUCGAGCAGUUAGUUCCUUCUCUGGUAUCCCAGAUUUCGCACGACCUUUCUUCUUCAAACCUUCGCAAAUCUUCAUCCGCCCGCCUUAUAUCACUUCUUGUCCGACUCGACCUUGCCGAUCAUGCUCGGGAUUCUUUUUUGGAGUCCAGGAGAGAGUUAAUGUUUAAAAGGGUGCGAAGUAUCAAAUGCGAUGGAGAUGUUAGCAUCUACAUCAAUGAAUUGGCUGUGGUGAUCUUCACCAUUAUCAGGCAUACCAGCGACUGGUACAUGAACGCUUUCAAAGAGAACAACAUGGCGUCUGGCUUUGUUACUUGGGCGAAACAGCAAAUUGAAACGUUUGCGGAUCUUUUCAGGCGUCAGAUGGAUGCACCCAACAUCAGUGAAUCCACUGUUAAUGAAUGCUUGCACGUUACAGCUACGCAGAAUCGAAAGUUGCUACGAGACGUAGGGCUCGAUUUCACUUUCCUUCUCUCUUCCCUUCUGCAACCUUCAUCUAAUCCUUCAGACUAUCCCCAUUCCGUAUUCACCUCUGUCUGAAAACGCAAGGAAUCCUCCUGGCCGCGUCCUGAUCAGGUGCGCGAAUCAGUUCUACAUUUAGGCACGCAUGCACCUACUAAACGCGGCCCUGGCCGUUUUCCAAACUCGAAACAAACAAACCAAACAAACCGAAGAAUAUAGAAGCCGCCUCAUACUUUGGUUCUUCUCCUGUGACCGAAGGAUCUAACUCUGGAGUUGGUCAAUCUAGUUCGGUGCUGCGAGAGAGAAGCAACAGUUUCUACUAAGAAUAGUGUUGCCCCGUUAAACGUCCAUUCCCGACCAAGAAUGCCAAGUGUGGGGGCUAGCAGCAGUGGAGGAGACAGCGGAAGGGCGACAUUGAAUAUCAAAGAAACCAGAGAGCCAUCACCAAGUUUAUCACCUCGAAACGAAAAACGAGGCAGGGCCCCGCCAAGGCCCUCUAUGGAACGGUAUUUGUAGAUCAGUGUAGAUGAUUUUGUAUGUAUCAAUGCUAUAAUGACAG